AUGAGAGAAAGUAGAUGUUUGGUGUUAAUCACAGUGGGUCUCUUGCUCAUUCGUGUUCUUCUGCUGGUCUUCAUCAUACUGCAGCACAUCACCAUCACAGCAGAGAGGGACCUGAUGAAGAGUUACAAGAACACAGUUAAAGAGCUCAAUCAAACUAUCAAAAGCUUACAAGACAAUUACACUGAUCUAAUGAUUGAAAAAGACCAACUGCAGAAUAUUUUCAACUUUGUGAUCCAGAAGAAACUGGAGCUGGAGACCACAAUUUCUUUUCCACUUCUGAUGCAGCAAAGAGCUGGUCUGACAGCAGACAGUACUGCAAGGAUCAUGGUGGUGAUCUGCUACAUUCUCUCAGCGCCCAAUAUACUGAAGGUGGGCUCCCCAGAGAAAGUGUUCCUGGAGGCACAGGACUAUUCUGGAGCCAGUCUGAAUGUUAAAGUCUCAGUAAGAAACCCUAAAGAUAACAACCGUGAAGUGACGAGUGAGUCAGUUACUCUGACAUCCGCCAAGAACUAUCAGGAUCUAGUCGAGAUAGAGAUACCCGGAAAUGUGUUUUCCUUUGAGAAGGAAGUACAGCAAUAUGCCAUCUUGCAAGCCCAGUUUCCACAGAAGCUGCUUGAGAAAAAGGUCAUGGUGAUCUUUCAGUCUGGAAACAUAGUGUUACAGACUGACAAGACCAUCUACACUCCAGACAGCACAGUUUAUUACCGGGUGUUUUCACUGAGCCCAGGCAUGACACGGCCUGUGGAAAGUAGAGUCAGAGUGGAGAUCCUGACUCCUGAUGGCAUCAGCCUUGAGAGCAAAUCUGUUUAUCCCGGUGGAGGAAUAGUGUCAGGAACCUUCAGCCUGACGGAUCCAGCUAGCCCAGGCUUGUGGAAACUUGUGGCGUGGCAUCAGAACAGCCCACAGAAGAACUUCUCCAGUGAGUUUGAGGUGAAAGAAUACGUCCUGCCCAGCUUCGAGGUCACUUUGAGUCCACAGAAAGCCUUCUUCUACGUGAACGAUGAUAGUCUAUCAUUUGAUAUUAAAGCCAAGUAUCUGUUUGGGGAGAAAGUCAGUGGUCAUGGAUUUGUUGUAUUUGGUGUGGUGACUGAAGAUAAAGGGAAGAUAAGUAUACCAGGCUCCUUACAGAGAGUACAGAUCUGGGAAGGAAGUGGAACAGCGGAGCUAAAAAGGAAACACAUCCUGCAGACCUUCCCAAACAUCAUGCAACUUGUCGGCCAGUCACUGUACAUUGCAGUGAGCGUGUUAACCGAGUCUGGCAGUGAAAUGGUGGAAGCACAAAAGAAAGGCAUUCAGAUUGUGACAUCACCAUACACCAUCCACUUCAAAAAAACACCACACUUCUUCAAACCUGGAAUGCCCUUCGAUGUCUCGGUCUACAUAACAAAUCCUGACCAAACACCUGCUAAAAAUGUGAAAGUAGAGGUCAAUCCUGGAGGGGUCAGAGGUCAAACAAGAGACAAUGGCAUUGCAAAAGUUACUGUCAACACUCCGGGAGGAUCUUCUACAUUGGAGAUUAUUGUAAAGACCAAAGACCCACAAUUAACCGACGAACAGCAGGCAGUGAAGAAGAUGACAGCUCAGGCUUACAAGCCGAAAGGCGGCUCCAACAACUAUCUGCACAUCGGCAUUGAUGCUGCAGCACUUCAGAUCGGUGAUCAAAUGAAAGUCAGUCUGAACUUGGGAAAAAGCUCAAGAGUGAUAGAUCAAGAUUUCACCUACAUGAUCUUAAGUAAAGGUCAGAUCAUUCAAGCAGACAGGUUUAAGCGAAGAGGACAAUCUCUAGUGUCUCUGUCUCUGCCUGUAACCAAAGACAUGGUGCCAUCCUUCCGCUUUGUGGCUUAUUAUCAUGUGGGCUCGUCUGAGGUGGUGUCUGAUUCAGUCUGGGUUGACGUGAAGGACACAUGCAUGGGAACGCUUAAAGUGGAAGUUUACGAUCCAGUCGAUAUGUAUGAGCCAGGUGAAGACUUCAGCCUAAGCAUAACAGGAGAUCCUGGGGCUAAAGUUGGGUUGGUGGCUGUGGAUAAAGGUGUCUAUGUUCUGAACAAUAAGAACAGGAUAACUCAAACAAAGAUCUGGGAUGUUGUUGAGUCACAUGACAUUGGCUGCACAGCAGGAAGUGGAAAGGACAGUAUGCAAGUAUUCAGUGAUGCUGGCCUGCUGUUUGAGUCCAGCUCUGCUGGAGGCACUGACGUCAGGACAAAUCCUCAAUGCCAAUCUUCACCACGAAGAAAAAGACGAGAUAUAACCUCAAUGGAUCUCCUGCGUUCUCUAUCGAACAAAUACUCUGGCAUUGAGAGAGAAUGCUGUUUGGAUGGAUUGAAGAAUAUCGAGGAUUUGAGCAUCACCUGUCAGUAUCGGGCAUCUUUCAUUGUGGAUGGAGAGGAGUGCAGACAGGCUUUUCUGCACUGCUGCAAUGUGAUGGCCGACCAUCGCGAAAAGUCAGUUGAAGAACAGAUUCUAGCCCGCAGUGAAAGCGAGGAGUUUGUCAACUCCGAUGACAUUGGGAACGUACAUGGGCAAAAUUCUCAAGCAUCCAUGACAGCUUUUGUGCUCAUUGCCCUACAGGAGGGGAGAGGCAUUUGUGCCGGCCAAAUCUCAAGUCUUGAAAGAAGCAUAAAUAAAGCCGUUGUCUACCUCAGAUCUCAGUUUCAUGGUCUGACAAAUCCUUACGCAGUGGCAAUGACAUCUUAUGCUCUUGCCAAUGGAAAUGCACUCGACAAACAAAUCUUAUUGCGAAAAGCCUCUGCAGAUGGAAGUCACUAUCCUGUCCCUGGAAGCAAUAGCUUUACUUUAGAGGCUUCGGCCUAUGCACUUUUGGCUCUCGUAAAAGCUCAAGACUUUCAGAGUGCAGCUCCCAUCGUAAACUGGCUCAACAACCAGAGGCAGUACAAUGGAGGAUAUGGCACGACUCAGGCCACCAUCAUGGUGUUUCAGGCUGUAGCAGAGUACAGGAUUCAAGUGAAAGAGAUAAGGCAGUUAGACCUUGAGAUGACGAUCCGAGUCGAUGGCAGCCGGCAGCCAAUUGUGUGGAAGUUCAACAAAGACAACUCUUAUCUCGCACAAACAGAAAAGAUUUCAUCCAACAGGCAAAUCACUAUCAGUGCUAAGGGUUCUGGAGAGGCCUCUGUAACUGUUGUGACUGAGUACUAUGCAAAACCAAAAGAAAGCAAAACCACUUGCAAGAACUUCGAACUUUCUUUGGCUUUUGAAAAGGCUAAUAAAGUAACAUAUCAAGGAGCAACUGAGAGUUACAAACUCAUUAUAAAUACCAGAUAUCUGUCUGCUGACAGAGAUGCCACCAUGUCUAUAUUGGACAUAUCAUUACUGACAGGAUUUGUUGUGGAUGAGAAUGAUCUUAAGACGCUGUCAACUGGACAUGACAGGAUGAUUCAGAAAUUUGAGAUGAACAAGCAGCUUUCAGAGCGAGGAUCCCUCAUCCUCUACCUGGACAAGAUUUCUCGUACCAGGGAAGACAGGAUUUCAUUCCGGCUGCACAGAAUAAUGAAUGGAGGCUUCCUUCAACCAGCAGCUGUCACUGUAUAUGAAUACUACUCCUUAGAAAAUCGCUGUGUGAGGUUUUAUCAUCCAACCAGGAAGGAGGGAGCUGUUCAGAAAAUCUGUAAGAAUGAUGUCUGUCAGUGUGCCGAAGAAAAUUGCAGCCUUCAAAAGAAGGAGAAAAUUCUUGAGGCUCACCGUAAUAAGAAAGCCUGUGAUCCUAAAAUAAAUUACGUUUAUAAAGCUGUCAUUUUGAGAGAACGUGAGGAUGCAUUAACAGUCUAUUACGAUGUGAGGAUUGAACUUGCCCUCAAAACAGGUCCAGAAAUCAACGUGGAGGGUGAGGAGCGUACCUUCUCCUUACAGAUCUCUUGCAAAGAAGCUUUGAAUCUGAAGCGAGGUGAGAGCUAUCUGAUCAUGGGCCAGGCUGAUGAUGUCCAAAUCGUGGGCAGAAUUGGUCAGUAUGCUCUGGGAGAGAGGACGUGGUUGGAGUUCUGGCCCAGUUUGGAGGAGAGCAAGACUAGCGCUGAACUCAAAGAAAAAUACAACGGGAUGUUGAGUAUCCAGCAGGAUCUGCGCUUCGGCUGCAGCAAAUGAGUCAAGUGCCAGAUUAUUGCUUUGAGAUGCUCAGUGACUAAAUGAAACAUUAUAAAACAGAAAAUCAGUAUAGCUUCAUUUUCAACUUUACAUGUAUGUUAAAUAUGAGUUGUGAGUCCAUUUUGACUAUUGCUUUUUACCCGCAAUUAUCCUGUUAUUCAGAAUGAAUGUAUACUUAAGCAUGACUUGCUACACCACCAUUCUUAAGGUGUUGGGAUAUAUGUAUGUCUAAGCAAAUUUCCAUAAUAAAUAUGGUUAAGCAAUA